AUUUAUAAAAUAACAGUUAUGGAACCGCCGACUCCAAGUCUCCAAGCUCCCCCGCCCACCGCAACCACCACCAAUUGGACUGAGGCAUAUGCGCGUAAUUCAUGCACCACAUCAGUAACUACACGGCGUCGUUGUAGCCGUUAAUCCCAUCCAUUCACCCAGUCUCCUCCCCAAUUUCACUGUCUUCUCUUCAAUCUCCAGCAACAACAACAGCAGCAGCGUGACAAUUUUACAGGUAUUCUUCGACCCAAUCACUCCUCUGCUCUCUCUUCUCUCCGAUUUUGGUGAUUUAUUCGUUUGUUUGUCGUAAUGUUAUUAAUUUAGAGAAGAUUUCAAGCAUUUCGGGUAAUAUGGAAUCGCCAUUUGAGGUGAAGAAAAAGUGUAAUUUAAAUGGUGGAUGAUGGAAAUUUAAAGGUAACUUAGGGAGAUGGAGUGAUAAUUAAUUGAUGCUAUGGGAGGCUUUGGACAAGUUGGAAUCUUUCUUGUAAAAAUUGGGUUUCUUGAGUUGUAUUUAUUGAAAUUCGAAAUUCGAAAAUAUUUUAACAUGUUAGGAAGUAGAAGAAUCAACAAAGAUUACAAGGGUACACUGAUGUUUUUAAGAUGAAUGUGAUGAUCAAUGUUUAGGAAUCGCAUUGUCGUGUUCAAGAAUCAACUACAUUUUAUGUAAUCUUUCCAUAACUAUUAAUUACAUUGCAAGAAUUACGCAACUUUUUAGCUUUAACAGUUUAUUCAUGGCAAAGAAAAGAGGGAAGGCGGCGUUAAAAAGAAAAGAUGUAGCUGUAAAUCACAAUGAUAGGAAGAAGAAGAUAGAAAAGAAAUUUACGAAGAACAAGAAGAAAUCUAUGAAGAUAAGUUCAUCUUCAGUGCCUACGCCGGCUCCUGUGCCUAACAGCGGCCCUUCCACUUCCAGUGUUGCUCAUGCAACUUCAGUCUAGCCAUGCUAAUCCUACUGGUAGAAAAAAGGUUCGGCCAACAAAGAAUGAGAAGGAUAGUGGGCACUCUCAUUCUGGUUUUAUAUUUAUGUGUAGUGGGAAAACGAAACCCGAGUGUUAUCGCUAUCGUGUUUUUGGGCUGCCGUUAGCAAAGGUAGAUCUUGUGAAGAAAAUUAGACCGGGUGCAAAGCUAUUUCUAUACGAUUUUGACUUGAAGCUCCUUUAUGGCACGUAUAAGGCAACUUCAAGUGGAGGAUUGGAUUUGGAACCAAUUGCGUUUAAGGGGAAAUUCCCUGCACAGGUCAGAUUUAAGAUUUUCAAGGAUUGUUUACCUCUUCCUGAAAAUGCUUUUAAAGCAGCUAUCAGAGACAACUACCAGGGAGGUUCUAAGUUUAAACAAGAGCUCAAUAGCAAACAGGUGCAUGCUUUAAUCUCAUUGUUCUGCCCUCUCACCGAGUUAGUGCCUACUACUGCUCCCCCUCUCCGAGAUGUAGCAAGACCAGGCUCAUUUCCAUCUCCUAUUACAGAAAAAGGAUUUCAUCCAACAGCAAGGCUGUUCCAUCAAGAGGGCUCCUAUUCAUAUGGUGUGCAACGUUCUCAUGCAUUGCCGCUUGAUACGCAAUCCAGGCAGGCAAUCCCGUAUCCACUGUAUGAUCAAUAUGAGGUCAAAACACAUGUGGAAUGUUUGCGGCGUAACAUGGAGCCUCAACAUGUUCAGCAUGCUUCUCUUCCACAUCAUGCCGAUUCAUAUUAUUUAGCAGCAGCACAUGAGCCGUACUUGCCUGAAAACCUUUCCCAUCAUGACGGAUAUAGAAGGCAUAGGGUGACACUUGCAGAGGAGAUGGUUCCCAGGGAUCAAGUUGUUUUGUAUGGAAGCGAGUAUGACAUGCCCCAGUUGUUGAAGGAGAGAGAAAGAGAUAUUGCUCUGCGUUCCAAUUAUGUGGCUGAAUCUUAUAGUCGACAGUUGCCCACCGCUGCAGCCUCACAUGUUAUGCUGCAGCCACAUUCUUUAGCACCAUCUUAUGAACGAACAUUAACGUACCAACGGUACUAUCCAGUAACAACCCAUCAGGAUCAGAGCUUGGUGUAUGCUGAUCCUCUUCGAAGACCAUUGCAUGGUACCUCUUACUCAGCUGAGGCAGAUGUUCCAAUCUCUACACAUUAUUCGUACGCUAGAGCUCCCCGUUACCGAUGAACGAAACUUGGACGUGUAGAUUCAUUCAUGACAUGCGGGUACUGUGUUGCUUCGUUGUCAAAUACUGGUCGAAACUUUGUAUAAGAUGUGAACCGGUUCUGAGACGGGUCUUCAACUUCAUAACUUGUGUGCAACUAUUCACCUCUGUCUUUGUUAAUCUGAUAAUCGAGUGUAAAGAAACAGUUAGUGUCA